AUGACAGCUCCUCUCGCCCUCUGCUGCCUUCUCUCCGCUCACACUCUCAGUCUGACAGCCGGCUACCUGACCGUUUCCAUUGAGCCUCUUCCUCCUGUGGUCAUCGGAGACACGGUCACACUCAAGUGCAACUUCCAAACAGACGGCAACCUCCGAGAGAUCGUGUGGUUUCGGGUGACUGAAGGAGGCAGUGCCAAGCAGAAGAUUUUCACCUAUGAUGCCAUGUACAACACCAGCUACUCCCACAUGGAGGACAACCGCAGGCGGGAAGACCUGGUCUAUCAGUCCACUGUACGUCUCCCUGAGGUCCAGAUGGAGGAUGACGGCCUGUACGAGUGCCACGUGGGGAUCUAUGACAGGGGCGCCAGAGACAAAGUGAUUCUAGCGUUGGGCAGCAUCGUCCUCACUGUCAUAGUACCUCCCAAGUCCAUCUCUGUGGUGGCAGCCAACAGUCCGGCUCCUUUCAGCCGCUACGAGGCCCAGAACUUCACUCUGGUUUGCAUUGUUACAGGAGCAAAGCCAGCUCCCAUGGUGUACUUCAAGCGGGAUGGUGAGCUUAUUGAUGUCGUGCCAACUCCCCAGUCCUCUUCCUCCUUAGUGGGAGACCAAAACAAGGCCCCAGUUCAAGACAAGAGUCACGGUAGGAACCAGGCGGGACUCUGGAACUCCCAGGUUCUGAGCAGUCGAGACCUUGAUGACACCAAACUCCACAAGUCCCUGUCCCUGCUGGAAGAAGAGGGGAAGCUGGCUCGGCUGGGUCAAGACAGCCCCAAUGGCCCCGAACACGGCCAAGAGCAGAGGUCCGAGUCUGACCCCAAACCGACCACUGAGGUGAUCCCUGAGACGGUGGUGAGCCGGGAGUUUCCCCGCUGGGUCCAGAGCAGUGAUCCGCUCUACUACUUCCAGAACCGGCAGCUGCCAGUGGGUGAUGGCACCAUGGAGGUGAGAGCCAUGCUGACCUGGAGCCUCAACCCCCAGCUGGACAACGAAGCCCUGUUCAGCUGUGAGGUCCACCACCCGGCUCUGUCCAUGCCCAUGCAGGCUGAAGUCACACUGGCUGCUCCCAGAGGACCCAAGCUGUCCAUGAGCCCCACUAAGGCCAAGGUGGGAGACACGGUGCGGAUUGCUGUCCAGGGCUUCCAGCUGGGACCUUCUGCAAGUGAGGUCUUCCCUGAGCCCAUGUACACUUGGACCAUGGUGGGCGGGCGCCUGCUGGACGGCAGAGAGGAGCACAACGGCAGGGAGCUCAUUCUCGAGAGAGUUCCCGCUGAGCUCAACGGCUCCAUGUUCCGCUGCACGGCCCAGAAUCCACUGGGCUCCACGGAUACACACACCCGCCUCAUUUUGUUUGAAAAUCCGAGACUGAAGAAACACUUAAUUGCUAUCGACGCCUCGGCCGGUCGACGCUCCCUCACCUUAAGCUCCAUGCUGCUGCUGCUGAGCUUCUCCUGCGAGCUGACGUGA